CGGCAAGUCAGCUCGCGAACAUCAAGGCAUUUGUGUUUCAAUAAACUGGAUGUUUUUAAAUGAACUAAUUAACUAAUAAAUAAUACAAAAUAGUUAACAACCACUUGAUGUGACACGAGGAACAUUCUAAGGAUUUUAUACACAACAAUUGAGUAGUAUCAAAGCCAAAGCAUUAGUUUGCGGCAAAAUGUUAAAGCGGAAAGACGCGCAGAAAAUAAACGGAUUGCAAACAAUUUAGAACAAAUUAAGAUAAGGAAAACAAGUACUACACUGCAAUGGGAACUUUGUCACUGAGCGAUUUCCAAGCCGUGAAGAUUCCCGUGCCAUGGGGUCACAUUUCUGGACGUUGGUACGGAAAUCGGAAGGAGCGACCUAUCUUGGCGAUCCAUGGAUGGCUGGACAACCUGGGAACCUUCGAUCGGCUGAUUCCUCUACUUCCUGACUAUUUAGGAGUGCUCUGCAUCGAUCUGCCAGGACAUGGAAGAUCCUCCCACUUUCCACCCGGAGUGUACUACAGUAUUUACGAGUACGUGUUUAUAAUUCCACUGGUGAUGAAGGAGUACGGAUGGUCAAAGGUCUCCCUUAUUGGACACUCACUUGGCGGAGUACUGAGCUUCGUUUACGCCUCCCUAGCUCCUCACACCGUCGAUAUGAUCGUCUCCCUGGACAUACUGCUCCCCUUGAGAAACGAUAUAGACUACAUGGGCCUUAGUAUAGAGAAACAACUAGUGAAUGUUGAGCGACAGAAGCUGGGGAAUUAUAGCGAGCCACCCUCCUACACCCCCACCCAGUUGGGAAAGGUGCUGGCCAAGGGAAGCUUCAACUCCGUAUCCCCCGACCUGGCCAAGCACCUGCUCCACCGCCAGUUGACCAAGUCGAAACUGUACCCCGAACGGUUCUACUUCUCGAGGGAUAUUCGAGUAAAGCACUACCACUACAUAGACAUUGAAGAUGGUCUUGCAGCAGAAAUGGCUAGAAGGAUCAUCAAGAAGCCAUAUCUAAUCAUCAAGGGCUCCUUGUCACCAUAUCUCUCUGCCCGCUGCAACGAGUCUAUAUCGAUUUUGGCGAAGGACAACCCGCACUUUGAGUUCUACGAGGUGGAAAACGGCACCCAUCACAUCCAUCUCCAUGCCGCCGAGGAAUGCGCCAGUUACAUUGUGCCCUUCAUCCAACAUCACAGACCUCCUGCCCUGACCUCCUGGACUGUACCCGGAAAGGAUGAUAGAUUGAGGAAACCAAGGGGAUUUUUCACAUGGACCAACAAAAAGCGCAGCAAGUUGUGAUAGUAAUACGCAUUUCUAUUGCUGAGCUGGUACCUGAUAUCCCUUUAAGUCUAUCAGAGGGUACAUUUUUAGUAAUUUUUCAAUGUAACUUUACAUGUAUUACUUUCAAACUAUGGUAGUUUAACCAAUAAUAUGACACGGAUAAUUAUAUUUACAUAUACAUAUGUAUAUACCAACAAUUCUGAUAGUUGAACUUUUUUUUUACAAAAAUUUCCUAGAAAUAGUCGUUGAACAGCUGUUACACCUGAGUUCUAAAAUGGCACUCCGGAUUCUUAAUCGGUACUCCGUCGCCUUAGCCAGAUACUAAAGAUAAUACCACAACGACUGGACCGAGUCUAUUAAUCAAAGUUCAAAGGCUGUCGUCUUAUGGGAACUUUGUCAUUAGGCGAAGUGAGUAAGCAAAUAAAGAAAUCAUAAACCAGCAACAGAAUGAGAUAAGAACAAUUGGACCAUACCCACCCACAAUUCUUAGCACAACAUUGAUUGAUUUCAAAUUUUUUCAAUCGUUAUACGGAAAAAUAUGUUAUAAAAAGAACUUAUAAACACAUCAUUUUAAUUUUAACACUUUCAAUAGGAAUGAUUUAAAGCUAAUAAAUUUAAAGUAUCUA